AUGGGCCGUACGGAGCUGCAAACGGAGGGGACGCCGGACGCGAGCCAGAUCAAGCUUGCUUGGCGCAUCAUGCAGCCCCAAAAAGGAACGCGAGCCCGUAGUUCAAUAGGAGCCAAUCCUCGGAGGAAGGCUAGCUUGCUGAAACCCUGGCCUGGUGGAGUUCGAACAGCUCAGCAGCGCUCAGCAGGGCCGCCAACGACCACGACCCUGAAGGUAAGGGACACCCACCUGAAGGCCGAUUGGAAAUCAGGUGGAUGUCGGCCAUGCAAGGCUGGCCAUACUAGCCUCAUCGAGUAG